AUGUCAGGACAAAGCGGCUAUCCCAGACCCAUCUUCGCCGUGGUCGUCAAGUCUCCUUGUCUCGCGGUGAAAUAUCCAACAGGCAACGGAUUCGUAAGUCCUACGCACUUCACUGUAUGGAUUUCCUCUGACGCAGUCAAGAUCCGCCGGUUCCAGCUAAAGUUCUCUUCGGACCGCGAGUUCUAUACGGCUCUGGCAAUCCUGAGCGACAUCAGGUGUCCAUUUUCGGAGUCGAAUGUCGGCUCAUCGCAGCUCGCUCGAAGACAAACAUCCUCACAAUGGCAUUCACACCCAGGACCGUCCAACCUAGGCAUUAGAGAACUCUUCCCCUCCAGCGCGAGCGCAGCCUUGUUCCCAGUACUACCAUCCGCUUCUGGAUUAGGAAGGGCAUCCAGCAUCACUGCCGCUCCAGACACAAGUGUAACAGGAUCAGCCAAGAGCUACACCGAACUAGAAGCAAGGCAACUUCAAGGAACCAUACACGCACACACAGGGGAAGAGACUAGCCCCGACGCUCCAAGCGCUCCCCCAAACCAGUUACCGUUCUCAAAGCCACCAGCGAAGAGAUCCCGCACAACAGCAAAGGAACCCUCCACCACGUCCCUGUCUCAAACACUGCUCACCGCAGGGGAUCAAAUCCCUACAACCACAGAAAACGAUGCAGCAGCACCACCACCGCCCUCGAGUCAGGCCCCGGGGACGAAAAGGCCCACUCCAAGGAGAAAAAUAGCAGCACCUGGUGCCCUGAAACGUUCAACCACGUCAAUCCCACCGCUGACCCUGGUCGAGAGGCCGCUCAGUCAACCCAUCCCGUCUAUAAGCCCCGUCGGGCAGCCUGCCACCAUCCCUGGACCUCAGCAAAUGCACAUACACGAGCAGCAACCCAUGAUUGAAAGAAGGAAUAAUAUAAGUCACCGGCGCGAACAGCAAGACCCUACCCCGGCAGACCUCUCAUCGUAUCUUUCUGCGCCUACGCAAGAGCGUACAGCACGCCUGGAGAACUGGAUCUGUCAGAAUCUUGAGAACGAUGGGUUUGUUAAACUUUGUCAGGAUGUAGAGGGUAUAUGGAGGCGGAUUGCGUUUGGGAGUUGA